UGUAAUACCAAUCUCACUCUAUCUACACCCCAAUUCAUCAUCCGUCCCCACUCGAUCCCAUUUAAUUUCCAUCAAUGGAGAUGGGCUCCAUCUUGAUUCAGUAGCUGUAGCUUGACAGAGAUAUAAAAAAAAUGGCUUGGAACAGCAACGUUAGACCCCUUUCAUCUCGAGCAGGAGACCAUCAAACCUUCACCUUCCUAUACGACUACGAUUCCGACCACCCAUUUCCAGGAAUGGAGAUGAAGUGUCGUCCGGAGGCGGAGACAGCCGUUGAGAGGUGGGCACCGGUGAUGACUAACAAGAGCAGCAACGGUAAUAAUCAUGAUAACAAUGAUAUCAAUAACCAGGAGAGGAAGAGACGGCUGACGAGUGAUCAGAUUGAGUCGUUAGAGCGGAGCUUCCAGGAGGAGAUAAAGCUGGAACCCGAGAGAAAGAUGAGGUUGGCUCGAGAGCUUGGGCUUCAGCCUCGUCAGGUGGCUGUCUGGUUUCAGAACCGCCGUGCCAGGUGGAAGGCUAAGCAGCUCGAGCGUGUCUACGACGCCCUUAAACAGGAGUUCGAUGUCAUCUCGAGAGAGAAACAGAAGCUCCAAGAGGAGGUUAUGAAACUGAGAGCUAAGCUUGAGGAUCGAGCCACAGCCAAGGAAGGUUCCACAGUUUACACAGAGGCCUCCGCAGAAGAGACGGUGGAGAGCACGUCGUUUGCUAGUCGCAGCUGCACCAAGUUAUUAAAUGGCUCCACAAGCUACGCCCAGAUUGCUGAAUGCAACAACAGCUUCAUUUUCAAUGUGGAUGACUACAAUCCGGCCUUGCAGCCUUACUGGGCUGUCAUGUCUGGCUAUCCUUGAGAACUGCAGAGGAACUGAUUAGAGCUUGGCUAGAAAGCUAGGAGAUAUAUAUAUAUAUACGAGUUAGUAGAGCUGGUCUUAAUUAGUUGCACCUAAAUUUCUGCUUACCUUAUAUGUACCCACCAUGGGAGGAAGCUUAUAUAUGUGUUUUGCACAGUUGCAGUGAGCAUUAAUUGGUUCUUCUUCAACAAUUUGCACCCUUGAAGAGGGUUUUC